AGUUACAAAGCACUGACGUCGUCAGCAUGAUUGAACAUUGGCUUAUGUAACGAAAUUUCCAAUUGCAACGCUGUACUGUUCUCUACCACAGGUCAAGAGGGAUUUCAGGUGUCUGUAUUGCAAUGAUCGUUGCCAUCCCUUCAACAGUUUGGAAGCUGUUAGGAAACAUAUGGCAGCAAAGGGUCAUUGCAAAGUGCAUUAUGGUGAUGGCAAUGAUGAUGAAGAAGCUGAGUUGGAGGAAUUCUAUGAUUAUAGUAGCAGCUACAUGGAUGAGGAUGGAAAUCAGUUGGUUGCAGCAGGCGACAUGGGCGAUGUAGAACUUGGAAGUGGAUCGGAACUUAUUAUAACCAGAAGAUCUGAUAGUGGAAUAUGGACUAAAACACUUGGUUCUCGUGAAUUUUUACACUAUUAUCGGCAGAAGCCACGCCCAUCACCAGCAAAUAAAAUGGCCAUUACAGCUGCAUUAGCCUCAAGGUCAUUUUUGAUGUCUCCCAAUCUUUCAUUCCGUUGGAAACUCAACUCACAUUCCUUCCCUCCCUCUUUUCAUGGUCUUGGUCAUGUAAUGACGAAGAACUUUGUAAUCAUUUUCAGGUACAGGAGUAUGGGUUUAGCUACCAUACACUCGAAGGAGCAGAUAGUGAGGAUGAAGGUAAUGAAGGAGAUGAAUAGAUCAGGUGUGGACGCCAUGCGCACAAAGCUUGGUAUCAAGGACAAUGUUGUAAGGAACCUGCCAAAGAAUGUCCCAUAUUAGUCGCUGGCAGCCGUCCCUUGUAGUAAUUUGUACCGCAAAAUGGCUUUAUUUGGAUUUGUGAAUAUGUAAGAGCAAGUAAUAUGAUGUUAUGAAGGAAGCUUAUGCAGUCUUCACUUCCCUUUCUCUAAAAUUUUCAACGAAUUUGGUAGUUGGCGAGUUUAAUUGGAUUAUCUUGCGUCUAUUAAGAGUUUUUCUUAUGGAAAAACUAUCGUGCAAUAUAGAAUGUACUGGUUG